AAAUUUACUAUUUGCAGGAUAGUAUCAAAUAUUUUAUUAUGACCUCCUACAAUUUCGAAUACGAUCGAAUUCGGUGAAUAGAACGCAUGAGAGGUUGAAUGUGUACAAUGUCUAAAUUUAUAAUACUAUGUAUAACAAAUUCUGGGAGCAAAACGAGUCGCCAUAUCGAACACACUUUUAUUUGUAAUAUUCUGUCAGUGUCAGUAAUUUGAGUUAGCCUGCUAGUUGUAUUUAUCAAGCUCGAAAUGGUACUCGAAAGUACUAUGAUAUGCGUUGACAACAGCGACUACAUGCGCAAUGGGGACUUCCUGCCCACGAGGCUGCAGGCUCAGCAGGACGCGGUGAACCUGGUCUGCCACUCCAAGACCCGCUCCAACCCCGAGAACAACGUCGGUCUGCUCACGCUGGCAAACGUUGAGGUGUUGGCAACAUUGACCUCGGAUGUCGGCAGGAUCUUGUCUAAACUGCACCAGGUGCAACCCAAUGGUAACAUCAACAUACUGACUGGCAUCAGAAUCGCCCACCUGGCGCUGAAACACCGGCAGGGCAAGAACCACAAGAUGCGCAUCGUGGUGUUCGUGGGGAGCCCCGUGGAAACGGAGGAGAAGGAGCUGGUGAAGCUGGCCAAGAGGCUCAAGAAGGAGAAAGUCAACGUGGACGUUGUGAGCUUCGGAGAGGAGACACCAGAACUGGCGUUGCAGGUCCCGAACAGCGACCUGCUGAUGGCGUUCGUGAACGCCCUGAACGGGAAGGAUGGAGGAGGCAGCCACCUGGUGACGGUGCCGCCAGGCCCCCACUUGUCGGAUGCCUUGAUCUCUUCCCCGGUCAUACAGGGUGAAGAUGGCAUGGGAGGUGCUGGCCUCGGAGGGUCCGGCUUCGAGUUCGGCGUGGACCCCAACGAGGACCCGGAACUGGCUCUGGCCCUGCGGGUGUCCAUGGAGGAGCAGCGGCAGAGGCAGGAGGAGGAGGCUCGACGCGUCCAGGCCGCAUCUGGGACCGAGGGCAGCGCGCCCGUGCCGGAAGCCAUCAAGGAAGCCCCAAACGAGGAAGCGAUGCUGGAGCGGGCCCUCGCCAUGUCCCUGGAGAGGGGAGGGGAGGAGGAGCAGCAGCGCCCCGCCCCGGCGGUCCCCGACUUCGCGGCCAUGUCGGAGGAGGAACAGAUCGCGUUCGCCAUGCAGAUGUCCAUGCAAGACGCCCAGGAGACGAGCGGAAAAAGCGGCUUGGAAGGGGGUAAGGCGGGCCCCAAGAAGGAGACUCCGAUGGAAGUGGAGGGCGACGACGACUACUCGGAGAUGAUGAACGACCCGGAGUUCCUGCAGAGCGUGCUGGAGAAUCUCCCCGGGGUGGACCCCCAGAGCGAAGCCAUCCGACAGGCGGUCGGCAGCCUCUCCAAGGACAAAGACAAGGAGAAAGACAAAGACAAAGAUAAGAAGAAAGAAGCCAAGGGCAAAGACGAGCCGAAGGAGUGAAUUGUCCGGCGCCCGUUUACCUUUUGCUGUCAUUCUUAAGGGGUAAUAGACAUUUUCUUUUCUCUUUAGGGGUUGGUCACACUGGUUAUUUUCUUUUAUCCGUUGCCAACGUGACCUGCAUACUUCCUGAUGUUAAAAUCAUUUGUUUGUAAAUGCCAGUUAUGAAACAGAUGUAUUUCUUUAAAAUAGCUAUGUAUGUUUUGUGUCAUUUUUGUGAAAUUAAUUACACAGUAAUUUUAAUAAAGUUAUAAUUAUUUAAA